AUCUUCACUGACGGCAGCGGACGCACUGGAUCGUCAGUAAGCCUCAACCAUCGGGACAGUUAAGACCUGUUGCUUCAUUUCGAAAUCGAUAUAAAGUCGAGUGAUCGCUGGAAGUGAUCCGCACUGUGCAAAGGAAUAGUGUCACAAAAGUCGUUGUAAUCAGAUCAUUACAGAGUGCAACCUGUUCGGGUGUAAUGUCGCGAUUCGUGCAAGUGCUUGUUGCGGUGACCUUGGUGGCGGGAGUGUUGGGACAGGACACAUCCAACGACGCCAGCACAGUAUCUCCACAAGAUAUCUACGAUCUCUCGGACGAUGAUUUCAAACUCUGGCUGUCAGGAAGACAACCAAAAGCUUGGGAGGGAGACUCUGCAAGUUCCAGUUCAUCAAUUGUCUCCACCACCACCACUACUCCCCGAACGACCACUCCCCCGUCUGUUUUCCGAACAACCACCACCACCACUACGACAACACCAACUACGCCCAGCUUCCUGACCACCACCAGCCAAACCAUUAGUCCAAAUGAACCCUCGCCGUCGGAUGUAAAGUCUUGGUUCGAGGAGGAAGAAACAGUGACGUCACGGCCCGAUGUGCUCGGCGAGCAAUUUAAACCAGCCGGUGAAGAUUUCGCCCAAUGGCUCGAGCGUCAGAUGAACCGUGUGCAGGAGGUAACGUUCGUUCCGCAGACGACCUUGACGGGAGAUCAGCUGGCGGGAGCGGGACUCGUCACACGUCUGACAACCAUUCGUAACCGGAUUCCAGCAACUACCUUCCCCCCACUACCGGUGACGGAUUUCGCUCCAGUUCCCACCACCACUCCUCCUGCCCCUGCACCGUCCCUCGCUUCCGAAUAUCUUCCGGUAGCAGAGCAGGGUACCAUUGCUCCCGCUGUUGCCCCAGGACCAUUGGACUUACAGCAAUGGCUUCGAGAUCAGCUGCAAACGUCCCAACGACUCACAGAUAAUCUGCUCGCUCAAUGGACACCCGGUGGUUCGAUUGUCCGGUCGGAUGGACACCAUUACACACCGAACGCCGUAUCCUACCAAACAUCAGCCCUUGUUCAUGGUUUACAAGGUGUGUCCCACAGUGGACAUGUUCGCAACCAACCAAUACCUGUCGCCGUUCAUCAUAGCGCGCCAUCGAUUCGACGCGUCUUCUACCCAUCCGGUAGCUUCAUUUACGCACAGCCACAAGUGCCUCAGUACGGUUCGUUUGUGGGCAGCUACAAAACACCACUCGUCAUCAAAUACCACUGA